ACAUUUUUAUAGGCGUUAUCCCACAUGAGGUUGGGCAGCCUAACAAUUUACUAACUUUAUCCAUUUAUAGGUGCUAUUCCACAUGAGAUUGGACAGCUUACCAAUUUACUAACUUUGUCCAUUGAUUCGAACAAGUUGGCGGGCUCUUUACCGUCGACCCUUUUAACAUGUCUUCUGUGAAGUAUAUUUCAUUGAGUCAUAACACACUAAGUGGGACAUUGCCAAGAGAAAUUGGUAACAUGAAAGAGCUCCAAGAAUUAUACCUCAUCAACAAUACUUUAACCGGUGUGAUUCCAGAAGAGAUUGGUGGACUAGAUAAAUUAGUUGCAUUAUACAUGAAUCGCAACAAGCUCAUCGGCCCUUUGCCUCGAGUCUUCAAGUUGAAAUCACUUACAGCAUUAUCUCUCAACAAGAAUGCUUUGACUGGUAUGAUUCCGGGGGAGUUGUUCACUGCCAAUAUUAAGAGUAUUGAUCUCUCCGAUACCAUUUCCAAGGUUCCAUACCGCCAGCUAUUGGAAGAUCCCUCAACUUAACUUAUCUCAACGUGGCGAAUAACAAUCUCUCCGGUUCUAUACCUUCCACCAUUUGCAAAUUGAGAUUCCUUGAAUUCCUUGAUCUAUCCAACAACCACCUGCAGGGGCCACUUCCCAAGUGUUUAGGAGAGCUGAGUAAAUCCUUGCAAGUUCUGCAUUUGAAGUGCUUGAAUUUGUCUCGUAACAAUCUCAAUGGGAAGAUACCAUCAUCUAUUGGAAAUGCGAAGGA